AUGGAUAUUUCCGCUCGAGAGGCUCGCAUGUCUGAAGCUCAUUGCAAGUUGCAGUAUAAUCUACUCACCAUUGAAAGCGAGGAAGCUGUAAAGCAUUUAGAAGUGGAGCAUGACAUGACUCUUCGUGAGGUUGACCUCCUCCAAAUGCGCGUUCGAGAUGCACAGGCGCCCCCAGAGCUUGAUAUGUACAAGAAGCGGUGCCAGAAGCUCGAAGAGCUUCUAAGUAACGUCUCUGAACAGCUGCGCAGAGCCAAGAGAUUGAUUAUCUCCAAGGAUGAUGAUCUCUCUGACAUGCACAUGGAGGCCAAACAGCUGCGAGAUCGCAUCCGUCAAAACCGCAAACAUAUCAACGAAAUGCGUAGCCCUGGCGGUCCACUCCAUAUAAUCAGCCUCCAGAACUCUCCUGUGACUCCACAGCAAUACCGGUCAACUCCUAAGCACACGCCAAUGACCAACAGAUCCAUUCGCCAAGCCCGUGAUCAUAGCCAGGAGCCAUUUGCUGCUUUGCUUCUUGCCGAUCGGGUUUUGAGCCAAGAAAACAAUAGUGCACCCUCAACCCCAAUCAUUAGCAGACGCCCGGAUCCACGAACCCCAAACAGACACAGCCGUGGAGUUCAGUCACUCUCAUCUCUACCCAAUACGCCCCGAUCUGGUAGACCCGGCACAGCUAACUCUACUCUUCUCCCAUCUGUCCAGUUCUCGCCUCAAGCCGAGACUCGUGUUGCGAAUACUCUUUUUCAUGGAAUAGUUCAACAGUCUCGAGAGCGACGCCACAAGUCUCGUGAUAGCACCAUCUCUGCUUCUGAUACUGAAGAGAUUGCUCGAGCUGCUGCUGAAUACCGUGGAGAGAGCCAAGAUAUUCCUGAGAGUCAGGCUAGCCAGAGUGCAACUGAGAUGCUUCGACUCGAUCCACGCGAAUCCUUUGAGGUUGCGGCAUCUAGAACUACAACGCCAACACCUGCUGGAGAUAAGAGUCUGCAACAAUCCAAGAUCUUUGGUGGACUUACUAAGCCCGUUAUUGAAAAGAGAAAACACACAGAAGAGUACAGCAGGGAGUAUUCUACAAAGAAGGUUCGAUCUAAUGCAAAUGGAGGUAUUGGCUUGGGAAUCGGCUUGGAUUCUACUCGAGCAUAA